AUCUUGCAAUUGCUAUCUAUAAGCUUGGGCUUAGUUUCACUUUUACUUUUAGUUAUGAUGUAAAAGGCCUAUCUUCUUUAGCAUUUGAAUUUAAAAUACAAGAUAUGGAGACAAUAAAAGUGACUUUUCGAGAAGCUUCAUCUAAGAAUAUUAUUAUACCUAAUGUUAAAGUCAUCUACUUUUCAAGUAAAUAUGUUCUCACAGAAAUUAAUAAACAAUUGCUAAGAUUACCAAAUUUCAAUGUUAACAAUCUUAAGAAAAUGUCAAAUGAGUAA